CCAUCUUCACUACUGGACAAGGUGCAUCCGCUGUAGGUUUAACUGCAUAUGUGCGUCGUAGUCCUACUACUCGAGAAUGGGUUUUGGAAGCUGGUGCACUUGUGUUGGCUGACAGAGGAGUUUGUUUAAUUGAUGAAUUUGAUAAGAUGAAUGACCAGGAUCGUACUUCAAUUCAUGAGGCCAUGGAGCAGCAAUCUAUAUCCAUCUCAAAAGCAGGCAUUGUUACUUCUCUUCAAGCCCGUUGUUCUGUCAUUGCUGCUGCCAAUCCAAUUGGAGGCCGUUAUGAUGCUAGCAUGACAUUUUCUGAGAAUGUAAGUAUAUCUUAGUAUUUGCUCAUUUUUGAAAUAUCCCAGAAAAAUGUGAACUCUAGUAAUUGUCUCAGUCAAUUCAUUUAAUGGUGAGGAUGCAGUGUAUCUUUGUAU